AACUUUUAAUAUUGUCAAAAUAUCAAAUCGAUAAAUAUAUACAUAAUGUCCAUAUUAGAUUAAAUUUAUAUAAUAUACAUGCAAAAUGAAUCAGGAGUUCGCUUAUCCGAUUGCAGUGUUUUGUAUAAUAGCAACAGAGUUUUGUGAACGAUUUGCUUUUUCUGGCCUUAGAACAAUUUUAUCAUUAUACUUAAGAAAUAUAUUGUUAUUCUCCGAAAAUAUAUCUACACUAAUUUAUCAUAUAUUUAUUAUGGUAUGUUAUAUCGUACCUCUGGCUGGAGCAAUUUGUGCUGAUGCAUAUUUUGGAAGAUACAGCACUAUUAGAAAUUUCGGAAUUAUUUACUUAAUCGGACAUAUUGUCAUGUUUUUGGCAGCCGUCCCUAUUAUAAAUUUAUCGCCAAUCCUGUACUCAGCUGUGGGUUUGACCCUUAUAGCCAUUGGAACAGGAGGCAUCAAACCAUGCGUUGCAGCGUUCGGAGCCGAACAAUUUAGUCUACCAGAACAAAACAAAUUGCUGAUGCAUUUUUUCUCGAUAUUUUACUUUACCAUUAAUCUUGGAGGAUUUGUUGGAAUGAUGGUAACGCCAAUUUUAAAAAAAGUUCCUUGCUUUGGCGAUGAUACUUGUUAUGCACUGGGUUUUGGAUUUCCUGCAGUCUUGAUGAUUCUAUCUAUAUUUCUCUUUGUAAUCGGAAGAAACUUUUACAAACUAAAAGCUCCCAAAAAGAAAGUUACCAUGGAGUUCCUUAAAUGUAUUUGGUACGCUGUAGGAAUGAAAAUAAGAAGAAAAAGCUCAGGACAUUGGAUAGACAUUGGCAAAACGGAAUAUAGCCCUCAGUUAAUAGAGGAUAUUAAAAUAGUUUGUAGAAUACUGCUAUUAUUUACACCAUUACCAAUUUUUUGGUCGUUGUUUGACCAGCAAGGAUCUCGAUGGACUUUUCAGGCUGCUCAUAUGGAUGGAAAUAUUUUGGGAACCCUUAUAUCCCCUGAUCAGAUGCAAGUGGUAAACCCAGCGAUGGUCCUUAUUAUUAUUCCAAUAUUAGACCGAGUUUUCUAUCCAUGUUUAUCAAAACAUAGUUUUCUGGAAAAUCCUCUACAUCGGAUGGCAGUGGGAGGAAUAAUAGCAGGCAUUGCUUUUCUCUCUGCUGGGAUCUUAGAGCUGGUGCUAGAAACAACUUAUCCGGACUUGCCAAGAGACCACGAGGCUUCAGUUAAUGUUAUUAAUACUUUACCAUGUACACUUAAGGUAAUGAAUCCUCUAAAUGGAGUGCAAAUGUUGGGUGCUGGUAAUAUAUUUCGGUUUAAAAAUAUGUUAAGUCACAACUAUACAAUGUAUAAACUAACAGUGGAAGCUCCAUUGCAAUGCGGAAAUAUCAGAUUUAACAAACAUACAUUUGAAAUAAGUAUGCUUUCUAUAGAAUACCAAAUUGAUUCAAUUUUUAUUGGUACCAACAACAAAAAUGAGAUCCAAUCAUUUACAGCUGAUCCAGUAGAUUUUAGAAAAUCUUUGAAUGGUUAUCCUAGAUUAAGAGUUGUUUACAUUAAAGAUGUAAUAAGUCUGCACAAUGUAUCAAUUUCAUUAAAGUCUUCAGCUGGAAUACAAGAUAUAUACUUUGCACCAGAUACGUCAAUGAUAGCUGUGUCAGAUUAUAUGGAACUACCACAAGGAGUGUAUGAAUGCCAAAUAGGCAGCUCUGAAGAAAAAUUAUUAGAAGAAAAAUUAUUCCAUUUAACUCUGGGAGGAGUAUAUACAUUAGCAGUCAGACAGAAUGACAACAAAAUUGACUUUGUUAAAUUAUUUACAAUGUCAAUCCCUAAUACUGUUAAUAUAUUAUGGCAACUACCACAAUACUUUUUUAUAUCAGUUGCCGAAAUUAUGUUUGGAGUCGCUGGCUUGGAAUUUUCAUUCACACAAGCUCCGAAAAGUAUGAAAACUGUGACGGUUGCUGGAUGGUAUCUCUCGGUUGCGGUUGGAAAUCUCAUAGUCAUUAUCAUCACUCAAAUUAAUUUAUUUAGUAGUCAGGCUCACGAAUUUUUCCUCUUUGCCAUUCUAAUAGUUGCAGUAAUGAUGGUUUUUAUGGAAAUGGCAUCGAAAUAUAAGUUUAUUACCAUAAAAGAGUCAGAUACAACAAUUGGGACCGAUGGCGAGAAAACAGCACUAUUUAAUUCAAAUUCUACAGUAAUUAUUAUCAGCGAUUAGAAUUCAGUUUUUUGUAUGUCAGUCUGAAUUAAGAAUAUUUUAAGCAAAUAAAUAACUCUUUUUAUUAAAUUUUAAA